CGCGACCCCACAUCCUCCGGUGUGGAUCGGCUUCCGAGCCUUAGCCCCGCCCCAUCCAGCUGCGCCCCGCCCCAUCCCGCUGGGCCACGCCUUCCCCGGCCCCGGGCGGACCUGAGCGGUCGCCCUACCCCCGCUAUGGCCGCGCCGGUGACGCGGCAGGUCAGCGGCUGCGCGGGUCCAGUCCUGACCCCAACCGGCUCGGACACAGAACGCGGGCAGCCCCUGGCAGCUGCCGUGGCUGAUCUGCCGGUGCUGGAUGCAUCCGGGAGACGAGUGUCGUUCGGCGCGCUGUUCCGGGAGCGUCGGGCCGUGGUGGUGUUCGUGAGGCAUUUCUUGUGUUACGUCUGUAAAGAAUAUGUCGAGGAUCUGGCCAAAAUCCCCAAGAGCUUCCUCCGAGAAGCGGAUGUCACCCUCAUAGUGAUUGGGCAGUCAUCGUACCAUCAUAUUGAGCCUUUCUGCAAACUGACUGGAUAUUCUCAUGAAAUCUAUGUUGAUCCUGAGAGAGAAAUUUAUAAAAGAUUGGGAAUGAAAAGAGGUGAAGAAAUUUCCUCCUCAGGACAGAGCCCCCACAUAAAGUCCAACCUGCUUUCGGGAAGCCUUCAGAGCCUGUGGCGGGCAGUCACUGGCCCGCUUUUUGAUUUCCAAGGAGACCCAGCUCAGCAAGGCGGAACCUUCAUUUUAGGUCCAGGUAACAGCAUCCACUUUGUGCACCGAGACAGGAAUAGGUUGGAUCACAAGCCCAUAAACUCUGUUUUACAGCUUGUGGGAGUUCAGCCUGUGAACUUCAUGAGCAGACCUACAGUUAUCCAUGUGUGAAUGGGCCCUGAAACGUGAGACAAAAUGCCAGGCUUCAUGGGGUUAUGAAAACAAAACUCACGUGCCUAUAGAACUACAUUGAGAGGCAUCAGGAAAAAGCAUUUUAAAUUUUAUAGCCUCUAUAAUUAUCCAUUCAAUGAAAGAUUUUUGGCAACUAAAAUAUAAGAAGGGGGCUGGAAAGAUCACUUCGUGGUUAAGAGCACUUGCUUCUCUUGCAGAGGACCUAGGUUUGGCUCACAAUCGUCUGUAGCCCCAGUUCUAAGGUAUCCAACACCUUCUUCUGGCCUUGGGGACCAGGUGCACAUGUGGUAAACAUGCAUAAAUGUAGGCAAGCACAUGAAAGAAGGAUAAAUAAAUCCUAUAAAACUACAUACAUAUGUGCAUACAUGCAUGCAUGUAUGAAGGAAGGGAAGAAUGGGCCAGGUAUGAUGGCACAGGUUUGUAAUCCUAACACUGAGAAAUGGGACAAAAAUUCAGCCUGCCCAAGCAAUAGGUGGUACACAUCUUUAAACCCAGUGCUUGGGAGGCAGAGGCAGGAGGAUCUCUUGUGAGUUCAA